GAAGCAGGCGCAGGUGGGCGUGGAGGGUUUGCGGCUGGCGGCGGAGGUGGAGGUGCCCAAGGGCUUCAUGUGGGAUGGAGAGAUGUGCGUGGGUCCCCUCCGCACCCAGGUGUUCCAGGGCACGGUGCAGGGCUGCCCGGUGUACCUGGUGCGCCCCGCGGAGGGCACCGGCAGCAACAUAUUCCGAGGGGGCAGGAUAUAUGGCGGGUCCUAUAAUGAGAUGGAGGCCUACCUCUACUUCUGCCGCGCCUGUCUGGAGUUCCUGCGCCACUCCCACCAGCAGCCGCACAUCCUGCAGCUGCACGACUGGCACACCGCCGCAGCCGCCAUGUUGUACUGGCAGGAGUACGACAGCGGGGGGGCGGGGCGAACCCGGGUGGUGCUGACCAUACACAACAUGGAGAACACGGG